AUGUACGCCGCAAGAACAGCCCUCCGUAAGUCAGGGUCCGCCCUGUCCGCCGCCGCAUAUGCAAAGCGUACCAAGGUGACUUUGCCAGACCUCGACUGGGAUUUCGGUGCUCUUGAGCCACACAUCUCCGGGAAAAUCAACGAACUGCACUACACCAAGCACCACCAGACGUACGUCAACGGCCUGAACUCUGCGCUGGAGCAGUUCCACGAGCUCUCCGCGCGUGUGGACCAGGACUCGCGCGUAGCCGCGCAGCUCACCGCCUUGCAGCAGAACAUCAAGUUCCACGGCGGCGGCUACCGCAACCACUGUUUGUUUUGGAAGAACCUAGCACCAGCGUCGCAGGGCGGUGGUGAGCCACCCACCGGCGCUCUGGCUCGCCAGAUCGAGACACAGUUCGGAUCUCUGGAGAAGCUCCAGGCGCUCACGAACGGGAAGCUGGCCGGCAUCCAGGGUUCCGGCUGGGCUUUCUUGGUCAAGAACACCGACAAUGGUGGCCAGUUGGAGCUCGUGCAGACUUACAACCAGGACACUGUUUCCGGGCCCUACGUGCCAUUGCUCGCUAUCGAUGCCUGGGAGCACGCCUACUACCUACAGUACCAGAACCGGAAGGCGGACUACUUCUCUGCCAUCUGGAACGUGAUCAACUGGAAGGAGGCAGCCCGUAGAUUCGAUGCGGCCUGA